AGAUUAACAGAUCGACCCUGUAUAAAAACGUUCACGCUGCAUUAAUUUUAUCAUACUUGUCGAAAAAAGAUAGCCUGAAGCCAUGAAUAUUCUCAUAAUUUGUUCGUUGAUGCUUUGGGGCUACUGCGCUGCCGAAGAGCCCCUCGACUAUCGCCUAGCGCUUGCUGCUGAAUGCACACCAAGAGAGUGUACAAGUGCUGGACCUCUGUGCGAAUCGUGUACCAGUCUGGUAGCAUGCGUGGAAGAUGGUGACACUGGUAACUAUACCAGAAACCCCGUAGAAACUUGUAAGGGUGAUACACCGUUAUGUAUUGACGGACAGUGCACCACUGGCGAUGAUCCUUUCUGCACAGGACUUAGUGAAGUUUCUUUUGUAUGCAACCAGAUAGGAGUUUUUCCGGACCCUUUCUAUCAUAACAAAUUCGUUUUUUGUUAUAAAGAUGGUAGCACUUUUAAAAGCAUUUUGAAUGUAUGUGACGAUGGUUUUGGCUUUAAUAUAGCUACAGAUUUGUGCAGUGAGCCAGUUACUAACGCAGAAUGUCCAUAUGAGCCUUAUCCAGUACCGUUGUGUGACGGUCCGGGACAGACAGGAGCUCUACCGGAAAAACCCUCCAUGUAUUAUUUGUGUAAAGAACGUGCUAUUAGUUCAAGUAAGAAUGCUUAUUAUCCAUAUUUGUAUAUAUGUCCUGGUACAGAAGAAUAUGUGGACUACAAUUGCGGCUCUUCUACCGCGUCAACGCCAUCAACAACUCUGCCGAUAACAUAAUGAGGAUUUUUUUAUUUUCAUACAUUUGUAAUUAAUAUUUUGUCCAACAACAUUAAUACAUACUGCUAGUAACACUUAGAAA